UAAAUAGUGUCAUAUUAGGCAAGUGUUUUAAUAUAAUAUAUAUUUGUGAGUGAUGAAUUCUAGAUUAAGCAAGAAAAAUAAACAUAUGCCAUGUUCAGCAUGUAAGCUUCUUCGUAGGCGAUGCACUAAAGAUUGUAUUUUCUUGCCUUAUUUUCCACCUACUGAACCACAUAAAUUUGUUGUUGUUCAUCGUAUUUUUGGUGCUAGCAACAUCACCAAAAUGUUACAACAGGAGAUACCAAUGGAUAAUAGAGAAGAUGCAGUAAUCAGCAUGGUUUAUGAAGCUACAGCAAGACUCAGAGAUCCAGUUUAUGGCAGUGUAGGCAUUAUUUCUGCCCUCCAGAAACACAUAUUUCACUUACAAUCCGAGUUAAACGAAGCUUCAGCUGAAGCAAUGUCUCUCAGAACACAAUUAUCCGAUGCUUCAACAUCAUCCUUACCCUCAUCCUUAAUGCAAGUUUCUCCAUUCACACCCGAGAACCACGAGUUUCACCAUUCCCAGAACUCGAGCCAGCAAAAUGCAUAUUCUAAUAAUGACUUGCAGCUUAUACCUCCAGAAGCAGCAGACUAUUGUUUCCAACAAACUGAUCAAGUUCUUCAUCCACUGCCUUACUAGAAGAACAUAUAGUUAUCCCAACAUGGACAAUAUAAAGUCAAUAUUUCCUUUUCAUUUAACAAACACAUUCUCAUGUUUUUUCCUUCCAUUGUUGCUCAUCUAGUAAAAAAUUGUAAGAUUAUACUACAGAAACUGUACUGAACGAAAUUGAAACCAAAUAACUACCAAUGAAAAUUUCAUACAAACUAUGAAAGAAAGGUAACUGAAAGUGUGCAUGAUCAUUGUUAUACAUUUCAGUAUCAUUUAACCGAGGAGGGAACAAACUUUCAAACUCAGUAUCUAGUAUCAAUACUACAAAAGCCUGGGCAUUCUAAACAAGAUACCCAGUGAAAUAACAUGAGUGGGGUCUUGGAAUGGUAGAGUGUAAGCAGACUUUACUCCUACCUCGUGGAAGUAGAGAAGCUAUUUCCAAAGGACACUCCGCUCAAGUGCAACAAAUCAAAAUAGUUAUGAAAAGGAAAAACACAAUGAAGAAAACAAAGCAACUAACAAGGAAUUCUUCUUAUGCAAUCGACUGCAUAUUUUUGAAUCCUUCACAGGGGUUAUCCAGAAGAACGAACAUAAAAUCAUUGAUAUAACAUCAGUAUCUUGUACAACUUUCAAGUAUAUAUGACAGGACAACAACAUCAGAGUAAAAGGCUUGAAGGAUAUUGUGAUGGACAGAACUACUAUCUAAGCCUAUCUUGUAAAGAAGAUUUAAGAAAUAUAACCUUCAAAUUACAAGGUAAAAUCAGGGAUGAUUGUUAACAACUGAGAUAUUCACCUUCCGUGACAAAAUGAAGGGCUUA